AUGAGGAAAGGCGAGUUCAAAUAUGUGUUGGCGCAUAACCGAUUUAUAUUUAAAGAAUCGUCCGAGUUUUCUGAGAACUCUUACCUCUACCUGAUGAACAAGCAUGGUGAGUCUGUGCGCCUCGGCUCUGACAUCUUCUCAACGACAAUACUUGGAGCGUCUACUUUCAUUUUGAUCAUCUCCAUGGCGACGAUGAUCGAGGCCAGGGUGCCAACGACGGUAACGAUAAGAGAUGUGGAUACGUUGACCGAUGCAUCGGCAACAACGGAGACGAAGGCGGUAACGAUAAGAGAGGUGGAUACGGCGACCGAUGUAUCGGCGACAGUGACGACAAGAACUGAGGCAGCAGCGGCGCUGUUAAAGACGGCAGCAACUACAACGGAGGCGGUGACAAUGCUCGAUGCGUCGGCGCAAAAUGACGCUCGACUGUUCGGGUUAGUGGUGAAGACAACUACAGUGUUAACAGCUGUGUCUUCUACCACCUCCACCAAGACCUGCGUUGUCCUUCUGACGCCCGGUUUGUGUACACGCAAACGCCGUUACUUGGAAAUUCAACCAAAUCUGCCGACUGAGGAGAAGUUUACCGGAGACUUCGAGCUCUCGACCUCCAUGCUGGACUCGAGUCGUCCUGACGAAGAAAUCGCUGACAAAUCACCCCGUGGCUUUCUGACUUUCUGGAAAGCAUCCACUUCAACGAUUGUGCUGACUUCUAACAUCACAACCUUCACUCCCCAGAUGAGUUUCCAAGUCCUUUUACGUGAUUUAAUGUGUACAGCCACCCUCUGCGUAAACAACUAA